GCCAACCUGCGAUAUGAAGCUGGAGAACUGGUGCUGAGGGCAUCAAAGAAAGCAUCUGUCAUGGAGAAACUCCACAUGGCCCAAGUGUCUAAAGGAGUUUCCUUUGUUCCAAAGGACCCUGAAGCUGUGCUGGGGGAGGCCAAGGUCAGUGUGGGCAACUACGCAGAAGAGAGUUUUGGCACGCCAGGAUUGGAGGGACAUUCUUCUGUGCCACCAAAGAGGGGAAGACUGUGGAAGACUAUAUUAAAGAAAUGAAGGAAAUCCUCCUCCUCCAAUGAAACUGAUGCAGCUGUCUCGUUGGCCCACUGCCACAGAUGGUGCCCGUGCCUGGACCUUCUUGGCUGCUGUCAGUGUACGCUAAAGACGUACUGACACGGCUUCCUGAGCUAAAGGCCCGUGGCAGCUCUGUCUAUGGUUCCAUCUUAAAGAUGGAUUCCACCAAAAAGAUCACCAAGAAGCUAGCUGGCGAAGCUGCUGGCACUGCUGCGUGGGCGACAGAUGUGAUGAACGAAAUCGGACAAGUCCUCACAGAAACCUGCUGCCCAUGUGUUCCGGACUUGUGGAUUGCUACCGUCGAGCUGGAGAAGUUCCUCCAAGUCCUUUAAGUGAACCGGGACUGCUGCGCCUCAGGAGGUAAAGGCAAGGCGGCAGCAAUUUUUAGCGAGUGGGACCAGCUGGUGGUCAGGCUGGAUUUGUGGCAUUUUAUGCGCCGCAUUGCAGUCGGGGUCACGACAGAGCCACCCGCUGUAUGGCCCCUGCAUGGGACGCCUCUCAGCCUGCGUCUUUGAGUGAGAUGCUGGCGAUGUUGAGAGGCUGAAGGAGGCGUGUGACUGCAAGCCCACUGCUAAAGAAUUGGCAAGACACUGUCGUCUCCGCACUCGCGGGGCACCGGGGACUAAGGAGCUGAUUGAACAGCUCCUAGAGGACUUCAUGGAGACAACAGACACAAUGGGAGUAAGACUCUUAGACAAGGACAGGAUGAAGUUACCUAAUUGCCUCACUUUUAGACGUUUUAAAGUCUAACAUACUUUGAAAUGCAUAUCUAAGCAUGGCAGCGCUUGUGUAAUAAUUUCCUUUAAUGUACAGAUGGAGAGCCUGGGAACAAAUGUCAAACCUGGUUAUGAUCACGUCAUCAGGUUGGCCAACAAUCUGGUGGACCUCAGAAAUGAGAGGUGCAUUGUACAGCGGAAGGUGGAUGAGAUUGUUACUCUCUGCGAUAAACUGUCAGGGGAUGACAAGGGUGCUCUCAAGGCUGGUGAAGAGGCGCUUCAAAGUCAGUCACACUAAGACAAAUGUCACACCUGGAGCUGACAGUUUGAAGCUCUGCUUCCUUGAAGGCAGUGGACAUUCUCUGGUGCCCAACGCCAGCCGUCUAUUGGAGGCUGCUGGUCAGACAGUGGCUGGUGUCAGGGUGAACAGGUGGACUUCCAUUCUGCGUGCUUACAGGACGAUAAGGGAUGUAGUCCUGGACAGUCCCAGACUCAUGGCUGAAACAAAGCUGCAGCUGUUGCAGUUAAAUCGGCAGACUCUUUCACAAUGCAACUCAAACCGGUUCGGCAUGGGCACCCAGCCUACGAGUUUGACAUUCCUGCGGAUGCAUCGGGACAGGCAGUGCAGCGUGUUCGAGGCCAACCCUCUUCAGCGGCUGUUGUCAUGCCUGCAACAGCACAACAGGUCCAAGGCCAGCCCCCUCCAGUCCAGGAGGGCGUUGAAUUCCCUGACUCAGCCCACAUGCUUCAAGCUACAGACACUGAAGAUAUUGAUGCACCUGCUGCUACACCUCCCGGUCAAAAGGUGAUGAGAACCACAGCUUGGCGGCAGAGGCAGCUGCAGCACAAGGUGCCAUUAAGAAAAAGAGGCAGAAGACAGAACAAUAUGUUUGACUGUGGCCAAACUCUUUAGUUGGCCACACUUUUUACAGUCACUUUUGUGCAAAAGCCUCAGGAAAAACUGUUGAGCAGUGAACAGAGGAGAUGAGGAGGGCACAACGCUGAAAUUAUAUAUACAGUAUAUACAUGUACAUUUUCUUAUAUCGUUUAUUGUUGUUUCUGUAUAUAUUUAAUAUUAUUAAAGCUUGCGCUUUUCUCAUUA